UGGAUUUUCUAUUAUCCUUCUUAUUUUCGAUAACCAUUAUGGAGCUGGAGAGUGUUAUGAUUACUGGUACCAAUAGGGGAAUAGGACUGGAGUUCGUUAAACAGUUGAUGCAAUUGCCCAAACCACCUCGUUUUAUAUUUGCAACCUACAGAGAUGAAAGUACGACACAGGCCUUGAAAGAGAUCAGAGAUGCGUUUAAAAACACACAAGUUGUCCUUAUUAAAAUGGAUGUGACAAAAGCGAAUGAGAUCGAAGAAGCACGAAAAAUCGUAGAGAGUAAAGUUGGUGAAAAAGGCUUGAAUCUUCUAAUCAACAACGCUGGUGUUCUAAAGAUGCAAGGAUUUUCAGAAAUAACGGAAGAGAAUUUAUUAUUUCAUUUCUCCACCAACACUAUAGGCCCAGUCAUAGUUUUAAAGGAAAUUCUUCCUUUGUUGAAGAAAUCUGCUGAUCGAAAUAUUAAUGGGAUGAAAAUUUCCAGGGCCGCUGUUGUCAACAUAGCAUCGGGUGGUGGCUCCAUUGCUGGAUUGACUGAGCAGUCAAACUUAUUUUCAAGAAGGUUUUUAGAUGCAAUGGGUUAUAGAAUCAGCAAGGCUGCUUUAAAUAUGGCCAUGCGAUUGAUUGCUGUGACAAUCAAGGGCCAUGGAAUUCUGGUGGUAAACAUUUGGGCCGGCCGAAUGGAACAUAGUUUGGCGUCAAAUAAAGGCGAACGAACCCUCUCAGAUGGCAUUUCCGAAAUGCUGAAAACGCUGCAACAACUUAAUGAUUCGCAGCAUGGAGCUUUUGUAGAUCAACAUGGAAAACCUGUUCCUUUUUGAAAGAUAAGCUACCACUAUUUUUACAAACUGAGUAUUCUGUAUAAUUUGGAAAUGAUUUUUUCGGAUUAUUUGGAUUUUAUGGAGGAAUUUUUUGCUUUGUACAUAGAAUAA